CCUCGCGCAAACUCAAAGAACAGCACAGUCGAGCAACAGCGGUCCUCUGCAAAAGACAACCACUGUGUGAAAUAAAUUUGUGAUGCACACAGUACGCCGCCGAGCUGCAUUGUAUCUCUAGCGUCACAUAGCUCCGAGACUAGACUGUGAUCGGUCCCAUCUGCAUCUCCGGAGCUGCAUUUACGAUUUUUUUUUUCUAAUCUAAUUUCGCGUUACCUCAAGAAAACCUCACUGUAGAGGUGUACAUAUUCGAGUGCAUUUCAACAGCGCGUUUACUUUAAUAAUCGCCCCAAAGAAAAGAUCGGACGAGCAGAAGCUUUGCUUUCUCGUUAAGCCGAAACAAUGGGGAAACAGAACAGCAAGCUGACCCCCGAAGUCAUGGAGGACCUGGUGAAGAGCACGGAGUUUAACGAGCACGAGCUCAAGCAGUGGUACAAGGGCUUCCUGAAGGACUGCCCGAGCGGCCGCCUCAACCUCGACGAGUUCCAGCAGCUCUACGUCAAGUUCUUCCCGUACGGCGACGCGUCAAAGUUUGCCCAGCACGCGUUCAGGACCUUCGACAAGAACGGCGACGGCACCAUCGACUUCAGGGAGUUCAUCUGCGCGCUCUCCAUCACGUCCCGGGGCAGCUUCGAGCAGAAGCUCAACUGGGCCUUCAACAUGUACGACCUGGACGGGGACGGCAAGAUCACGCGGGUGGAGAUGCUGGAGAUCAUCGAGGCGAUUUACAAGAUGGUGGGGACGGUGAUCAUGAUGAAGAUGAACGAGGACGGGCUGACGCCAGAGCAGCGGGUGGACAAGAUCUUCAGCAAGAUGGACAAGAACAACGACGACCAGAUCUCGCUGGACGAGUUCAAAGAGGCGGCGAAGAGCGACCCUUCCAUCGUACUCCUCCUCCAGUGUGACCUCCAGAAAUGAGUGGGAGGGGGGAAAGUGUGGACACGCCCCCCCUCCCCCUCCCCCCCCCCCCCCACCCUGGACUGCACAGAAGAUAAAUGUUCCAUUCAGUUUGCAGCUACUUCCACUGAAGAAAAAAAAAAUGCUUGGACUACCUUUCAAUGGAUCCGCUUCUUGUGUUUGAAAACACUUGUGUGCAUGAGAAUGUCAUUUGCUAAAGAAUUUUACACACAAACACAACACAGACAGACAGACAUGCAAACACACACACACACACGUAUAUAAAAACACACACACACACAUAUAUAUAUAAAUAUAAAUAAAUAUAUAUAUAUAUAUAUAUAUAAACAUAUAUAUUAAAUUAACGAAAAAACUGCCAAAAUGUGAACAGUGUGCAACGUCAUCUCCAUUCAGUCUCACUCCACUGACGCUUGCGCAUCAGUGAUGUUGAACUACGCUAAUAUUUAUUGUUCAUGUUUACAGCGCUAGCUAUGUGUUUCAUAUACCGAGUAAUGUUAACCAAACCAAAAUUCCCAUGGUAACGUAACUGUUUCUAAUAAGCCAUUUAUCCAUUCUCCUGAGAAGAAUUAGAUCUCGAUGGACAAAGAGAUGGAUCCUGAUUCGUCCGCCUGUUCCUUCUUAAUGUGCUUGUACUGAUGGUGAAUAUAAAUGUAGUUUAUUUGCAUGCCUCUAGGUCCCGCCUUAAAAAUAAUCUCUCCUCGUUUUGCAUCCUAUAAAUUUAAUCAAGACAAAGCCUUAUCAAGGAAAUGCAGUUAAAACUAGAUAUAAGAAAAUAAAAUAGGAAAGGUCAUAUUGCACUUGGUCCUUUAUUAAGCAGUAUUGUUGUAUGGGAUAUAUAUUUGUGAUUCGUUGAGCCAUUUUUGACUGCUGUACCUGUGGGAGCAUGUUUCCUUAUAAAUACUAGUAUGUGUUGCUAAAAUUAUUGUAGCACCCCUCUUUAAAAAUCUGUCACCUCACAAGCCCAUGGCGAUUUCUUGGAUGAGGAGAAUUAAUUUUAAUGUGGCAAAUUUUAAAUGGCAAAACCAGCAGUACGUCGUUUGGACGUAGUACCGGAAUUACGUGUCCCGUAUCCCAUCGAAACACACGAGCAGCGAGCACCCGAGGACAAAGCUCGCCUCUAAAGCACUCCCAACAAGACACCUUCUGUUUGCAAAUUGUCAGUCGGAACUUGUUGUUGCUUAGUAACAAAAACAAAACGCGGAAUAAUGUUUUUACCACGUGUAGUUUUACAAUAUGCCUUUCCUGCACCCCAAUCAACACACAGGUUGCAUAUCACCAGGAUGAACUCAGUAGAGAUUUACUCCUUCGGGGUAGGAAGGAAGGGAGAGAGGAAGGGAGAGAGGCAGAAAGGGUAGGUUGGGCCACUCAACAUUGUGCGAGACAUCCAUUGUUCUCACGCUCUGUUUUUUGUCCCUCCAGUUUCCAGUUGAACGUAUAGCGCAGCGAGAAGGCCUUGCAAAUGCGAUUCCUUGUUCAGUGUUGCGAGCGCCAACCCCCUUAAGCCAUGCAUUGGUAUGCAUUUCGCAUUUACAAUGUACUGCAUUCUUGUUUUUUAUUUUUUUGUUUGUUUUUUUUUAUUUUUUAAUUCCCCUUCCACAUCUUCACUUCAUUAAAGAAAAUUGUAUAUAGAGUCAUUAUUUUAAAAGGUGCAGUGUUCUCUACACAAGACGGCCACCGAGCACUGGCUUAUGUCUCUAGGGCUUGAUACACACUGUUCCAUAACAUACUGUGUCAGUGGAUGGAAAAGCUUAUCGCUGAUUGAUGUUAUUUAAGAAAAGGUAAAGAAAAAAGUAUCCUUUCUCAUUACACUCACGGUUUUUGAGGCCGAACACAUUGCUGCCCCACACGUUUAGGACAGUGUCUUCUUGCACAAAAAGCUCAGUCAGAUUCAGUUACCACGGUAUCAAGACCCAAACCCCAGGCUCUCAGUUCGUAAUCAAAGCUUUACAUUGAUAUCUCUCUGCCCAGUAAUGUUUGUAUCAAAUAUGAGUAACGUGUUCUUAUCAACAAAUACCCAGUUCUAACAACGGCAACUACUGAAGGUGUAAAGGAUUUUUUUUUUUUUUUUUUUGUACAUGUAGCAUGUUUAGUCCCUCUGAUGACACGGCUGCACUAGUCCUUGUGUUGUGGUUUAAACUAAUAAAACAUCUAUGGGCUGUU